GUUGCUUACAUGAACAGGAAGUGUAUCCAACUGUCCACACGUCAUUCGAAGAUCGACGACGAGUACAAUACAACGACAGUGAAAUUUCUUAUUGAUGAUAGUGUAGUGAUUUUGUGGUGAAAAAUGCAAAUUCCUAAUGAAUAUGUCUCUACUGCUGAGGAUGUGGCAGACCAGGUAAUCAGAAAAGGCAAGAAUGUUCUGCCAACAGUUGCCAGGUUAUGCCUCAUAUCAACAUUUCUGGAAGAUGGUCUCAGAAUGUGGUUUCAGUGGUCUGAACAGAGAGAUUACAUGGACAUGUCUUGGGGUUGUGGGAAAUUCCUUGCUACUAUAUUUGUGAUAGUAAACUUAGUGGGACAGCUGGGUGGCUGUGUCAUGGUACUCGGCAGGUUAAAGGUCGACAUUGCGUGUGGGAUGCUCUUCUUCAUCGUCGUUUUACAGACAUUCGCCUACAGCAUACUAUGGGACAUGCAGUUCUUGCUGCGUAACUUAGCGCUCAUCGGAGCUCUCCUGCUCGUGCUGGCGGAGGCGCGAGCGGAAGGCCGCAGCCUCUUCGCGGGAGUGCCCUCGCUGGGGGAGAACAAGCCCAAGACUUACCUGCAACUCGCCGGCCGUAUACUUCUAGCCUUCAUGUUUAUAACUUUGCUACGAUUUGAAGUGUCGUUCCUGCAGAUCGUCCAGGACCUUCUCGGCAGCAUUCUCAUGAUCCUGGUGACAGUGGGCUACCGCACUAAGCUGUCGGCUUUGAUGCUGGUGUUAGUGCUUACUGUGCUCAACCUUUACCACAACGCCUGGUGGGCCGUGCCCACUUACAAGCCUCUACGAGACUUCUUGAAAUAUGACUUCUUCCAGACGCUAUCAGUGAUCGGCGGUCUCCUGAUGAUAGUGUACCUCGGGCCCGGAGGCGUCAGUAUGGACGAGCACAAAAAGAAGUGGUAGAAGUGACUCGGACCUAGUCCGCUGUGCACAGACUCUUGAUAUUAUUCAAUUAAGAUUGUUGAUGGUGCGUUGAAUAUAUUGUCAUGGUGUUUGUAUGUAAAUAUGCAAGUUCCAAGAUGUGUCGACUAUUUCAUCACCAGAGGGCAUUGAGGAGCUAGAUUAUAUUGUUUUUAUAAAUUAAAAAAAUAACGAAAUACAGCAUGUGUAAGAUUUUGAGAAUUAUAAAAUCUAUAGAACUUACCGAAUUGGACUUUUUAUAUCUCAUAUUUUAAAUUCCAACUAUCUCAUAUAAAUUCUACAUGCAUUCUUUAUGAUCACAUAUAUUAUUACAUUAAUAUAAAAAAAAUCUUUUUUUUUAAAUCUAUUGUCUCUUUUCUAGCUUUCAAAACACUUUGGCUAAGUUAUAAAUAGACUGCCCUAUAAGCAACUACAAGCCCAUUUCUAGAAUACAAACAUGAAUUAAAAUGUUAUUUCAAUUUUAUACAAUAAGUAUUCACAUAAUUGUUUAUAAGUAACUAUGAACUUUUCAAAAGUAGAUUAUAGUAUUGACGAUGGUAUCUUAAAUUUGUACAUUGUGCACAAUUAUUUUUAAAUGUGUAUUGUUCUAUUUGAUGUAUAAUCUUUGGUUAGAAUAUUAUUAUUUGGUUGUUAAAAAUCAUAUAAACGUUUUUUGUAAAGUUAUACUUGUUAUUAUGUUCAUUGAUAAAAAAAUAUAAGUCAUAUUAAAAAUAAAACAUUAAACAGAAAUGAGCAAAAUUUGUUGUUGCAAAUAUAUUAAUUUAAUUCCGAAUUAACUAUCUGACAAAUAUGUAAAUAAUAUUUGUACUUAUCGACUGAUCACUUGUAAAUUAAAAAAAACUUUAAUUAAAACAUAAAAUUUAAUUUUAAUGUAGUCUGUAUCUGAUGUUGUGACAAGUCUAUAGACGCGACUUUACAGUUAUUAAUCAAAUAGCACUUUAUUCUUCCUUGUAAACUUAAUUUCUACUAAAGUAUAUUUAAAAAGACAAAAAAUAUUUUUAUAGUAUUUUUUAUUUAUUUUUAAUGUACGCUCGUGAAGAAUAGUCGAAUUCAUAAAUGAAAUGUUUUCAAUAAAUAUGACAUAAUACCUUC